CGGCCGGCAUGGUACACAUGAAGCCGAGUGCAAUCGCAUCAACCCCGCUGCCGCAGACCGAGAAUGAAGGUUGAAAAGGGCGUUUCGGCGCGCUCAAUGCCCUCCUGAUCAAUCUUCCUUCUUCUCUCCUCCUACACCUCACCUACCUAUCCAUCCACCACCGCCAUGAGACUCGACAAGUUCCCCAAGACAGAGCUCACCUUCAACGGGCCGACGCCCAUCCAGCCGCUCAAGCGGCUCUCGGCCGCCCUGGGCGGGAAGGUCGAGCUAUACGCCAAGCGCGAAGACUGCAACUCGGGGCUCGCAUUCGGGGGCAACAAGACGCGCAAGCUAGAAUACGUGGUGACGGAAGCGCUGGAGGGGGGCUACGAUACAUUGGUAACGAUCGGGGGCAUCCAAUCGAACCAGACGCGGCAAGUGGCGGCCGUGGCGGCGCACCUGGGGCUCAAGUGCGUGCUGGUGCAGGAGAACUGGGUCAACUACCACGACGCGGUGUACGACCGCGUGGGCAACAUUGAGCUCAGCCGGAUCCUAGGCGCAGACAUCAAGCUCGACGCGGCGGGCUUCGACAUUGGCAUCCGGCCCAGCUGGGAGCAGGCCAUGGAGGACGUCAAGAAGGCCGGCGGCAAGCCGUACCCGAUCCCGGCCGGGUGCUCGGAGCAUCCGCGCGGCGGGCUGGGCUUCGUCGGCUUUGCCGAGGAGGUCAGGCAGCAGGAGCAGCAGCUGGGCUUCAAGUUCGACUACGUGGUCGUGUGCGCCGUGACGGGCAGCACGCAGGCGGGCAUGGUGGUGGGAUUUGCGGCCGACGGGCGCGCCGACCGCGUCAUUGGCAUUGAUGCGUCGGCCAAGCCGGACAAGACUAGGGAGCAGGUGCUCCGCAUUGCGCGGAACACGGCCGACCUCGUCGAGCUGGGCCGCGAGAUUACGGAGAAGGAUGUCGUGCUGGAUACGCGCUUUGGCGGGCCUGAGUACGGCCUUCCGAAUGAUGGCACCUUGGAGGCUAUUCGCUUGUGCGCAAGGACAGAGGGCAUCUUGACCGAUCCCGUCUAUGAGGGCAAGUCGAUGGAUGGCAUGAUUCAGAUGGUCCGCAAUGGCGAGUUUCCGGAGGGCUCGCGCGUGCUGUAUGCGCAUUUGGGCGGCGCGCCGGCUCUCAGUGCUUACAGCUUCUUGUUCCGGAAUGGCUAGAUAGAUGUAUAUUUAUCUUGUCAGCACGGGAAUUGUUUACUACUCGUCAGUCGCCGUCAAAUGCCGACGCGCCGAAAGCGGCAGUCUAUGCCCGGCCCCA